GUCUCGGCUAUGGCCCAAGAAAUUGAUUUUUUCCUCUCAGCACUGCCAGACCAUGAUGAGUUACCCGAAAAGUUUAUUGAAAUCCUGUGCGGAUUCUUGGAGAAGGUCAAGAAAGAGCGCGACAGCCCGUUGCCGCGGGCAUGGGACGUUGGAGGAGGGCAGAGUGAUUUGACUGAUGCACAGCGAGCUGGGAUCUUCAACCUCACAGGUGUUUGCUUGGGACAUUCAGGCAACGUACAAAGAGCCACUGCCGCCUUGGAGUUGCUGGUGGGUCAUGCAGCGGAGCUAGGCCGCGCUUCCCGCCGUGCCUUUGCUCGCGGACUGGGGUUUUGCGCGUCUCGACACUUGGAGGUCACUCUAACAGCCAUUGCCAAAGGCGCGAAAGCAGAUUCAAACCGUCGGGGCGCUUCCCUGCAGAACCUGUUUGGCAAGAGUACAGCAGCGCAGACAGCAGAGCAGCUGAGGGCGACACUUCUUCUUUCGCUUGGCUUCUGUGCUAUCAACACCCCAGGCCCCAUGCUGUUGCAAGAGAAGGUCUGUGAACGCAUCCUCAAACCGCUGCAUCAGGCUUUGGUGCAGGAGAAGGCGAGGGAUAUUUUGCGGCACGCCGUCGAGGCCAUUAGUUUAGUGGGUGAUGCAUUGCGCUGUCCACAAGAAAGGCGGAUGGAGUGCGACCCUUUCCUGGCAGACACAACUGAGGUAUCACUGCCAGAGACACUCUUGGCAGCCCUCAGCGAGGACAGCCCUACACGGGAGGCAUUGACCAAACAUCGCAAUGAGCUACUGGAGGCCUUGCUUCCUUUGAUCGAUGUGCCCAAGGAGCAGGACUUCGACAAAAUGUCCUUCUUCGAUGAAAUGAUUUGCCCAUCCUUGGAUGCCAUAGGCUCCUUGACCUUGUUGCCCUUGGAGCUUCCUCCGGAACUUUUUGGGCUUUUGAUGGAGCACGCAUUGCAGGUGCUAGCGGUGUUGCUGCCACAGGAAGAGGCAGCUUCUGGAGGCAGCGUUGGGCGGAUCAAAGCUGUCACUGGUUUGAUGAAGGCGUUGCUAUUCCAUGUUCACAAUUGGCUUGGAAUCUCCAGACUUCUGCAGGCGGUGCACAAAGUGGGCGCAAAGAGCCAUGUGGAAACUGUCAGGUGGAUGAGCGUGCAAAUCAUUGGAGAUCUCUGCAGAGUCGCACCUAUUGUGGCUCCAGCUGAAGGAGAAGGUCACAAUGACCUGGGGGAUUGGUGCGAGUGCCUUGCUUUGUUGUUGCCCCGGAUGGGUGACAGUUCCAAGGCUGUGGCUUCUGCCAGCAUUGACUGUAUUCAACAGCUGCUGGCACGAUGUGAACUAACUGCCACUCUGCGGGUGGGUUCGCCAGAUGAAUACCUCACUUUGCCUCAGGAUACCUCAGCACUACUUGGAGACUUAGAUGUGGACUCAGGCUUGGCUCUGCUCAGAACAGAAGGAGAGGAACUUCGUGGCGAUCCUGCUCCUCCUUCACAACAAUUGGUGGGGAGCUUGCUGGUGAGACUUCCCGACGCCAUGCCCACCAUGGUGCAGCACCUCAUGCUGGCGAUGCACGAUGUGGAUAGCCACGCAGCUAUGACCGGAGUGGAUGCCAUGCAUUUGUUGUUGCGCUCGUGCGAAUUCAGCCCUGAAGCUACUGGCAACAUUGUGAGCAGUCUUUUUUCGGAGGUGGAGAAGGUACGGCACAGUUCAGUCCGACAGCUGGUUUUGUCCUGCGUCAAGGUCUUGGCGAUGCAACACUUCGAAAAAGUGAUUGAGGAACUCUUGGAGACAGGGCCUGACUUCAACAUGUGUAUCAUGGGAGCAUUGCAGGUCAUGGUCAAGGAGAACACACUUUUGUUGAAGCUGCUCAACCAUUUCACAGCAGCUUGGGUUGCAUAG